GUAGCUAGGUCUCACGUGGUCGGACGUAGCCGGAGCUGAAGGUUUGGAAUUACUUCAGAGGUAGGGGAACGAGAAAAAGAUUGAGCAACUCAUAUUUCUCUCUUUUGGUCGUAAAAUUAUUAAUAUUAUACUCCAUUCGUUCUUAAAAAAUGUAUGUUUUGAAAAAAAAAAUUGUUCCAAAAAGAUAUAUUUUUUUACUUUUUCAAUGUAUGAUUUUAUGAAAAAUUGUAAGUUUCAAAAAAAUUAGUGGUGUCUAUUGUAAUAUAUUACUUGUCUUUUUGUAGUAAUAAUAUAUAUAGGGAAAUGUAACUGAGGCCUGUUUUCAUGUAAAUAACUAAAUGCCAAUGGUUUUCUGUCCAUUACAAUAUUUUUGGUACAUAAUAGAUUGGUAUUAGAAAAUAUAUUGAAUUAACAUUUUCCAAACGUUUUUUAUAUUUUUGUUCCAAACUGACUCGAUUCUACUUCUUCUGACAAUCUCCCAAAGAAAAAGCAAAGCAUAUUUAGUUUGGUGAAUAAGUGAAUAUUGACAAAUACCAAACUCUUGGAUCUUUAUCCCUCUUCCUCCAUUCUUGAUUUUUGAUUACUUAAAACUCUUAACCAUGAAUUACAUGCGACUAUCUUCCUCCUGUUCCGUGUUCAUUUAUCCUGCUAAUAUAAUUACUAUGGUUGCAUUUCUUAUCAUCCUUUCAACAGGGUCAGGAGCUGACGCGAGCAUUGGUGUAAACUACGGCACACUCGCGAACAACCUCCCUCCGCCGCGUCAAGUUGCCGAGUUCCUCCUCCAUUCCACCGUCAUCAACCGCAUCCGCCUCUUCAACGCCGAUCCCCAAAUUCUCCAAGCCUUCGCUCACACCGGUGUUGCCGUCACCGUCACCAUCUCCAACGACCAAAUCCCACACCUCACCAACCUCUCCUUCGCCCAACGAUGGAUCUCCGACCACAUCCAACCCCACUUCCCCUCCACCAACAUCAUCCGCAUCCUCGUCGGAAACGAAGUCAUCUCCACCGCCAACCACCUCCUCAUCAGAAACCUUGUCCCGGCGAUGCAAUCACUCCACACCGCCCUCGUCUCCUCCUCCCUCCACCGUCGUAUCCAAAUCUCCACGCCGCAUUCCUUAGGAAUCCUCUCUCACACCACCCCUCCGUCUUCCGCUAGGUUCCGACAAGGCUACGACACGCAUGUCCUAAAGCCUCUCCUCAGCUUCCUCCGUACUAUUGCCUCACCCUUCGUCGUGAAUCCUUACCCGUUCUUCGGGUACUCACCCGAGACUCUCGACUUCGCUCUGUUUAGACCUAACCCAGGCUUGUUCGAUCAAGACACGAAGCUUCAUUACACGAACAUGUUCGACGCUCAGCUUGACUCCGUCUACUCCGCCAUGGAACGACUUGGCUUCUCCGACGUCGCCAUCGUCGUGGGAGAAAUCGGAUGGCCGUCUAAGGGAGAUAAAGAUCAGAUCGGCGUCGACGUCGCCACCGCGGCCGAGUUUAACAGGAAAGUGAUGGACCGUGUAAACUCCGGUACCGGAACGCCGCUGAUGCCUAACCGGACUUUCGAGACGUACAUUUUCGCGCUAUUCAAUGAAAAUCUCAAACCGGGACCGGUUAGCGAGCGUAAUUUCGGUCUUUUCCGGUCCGAUUUAACACCGGUUUACGACAUUGGAAUCCUCCGGCCGACGGUUAGAGCCUCGGAUCCACCGGAGAAUAACCGGCGAUCACCGGUCGGAGGAUCUUCGGGGAAGCGGUGGUGCGUUACAAAGUCCGGCGCAGAGACAGAGGCUUUACAGAGGAACAUAGAUUACGUAUGUGGAUUGGGCUUAGACUGUGAGCCCAUUAUCGAAGAUGGGCCUUGUUUUCUCCCCAACACAGUGGAAGCCCAUUCAGCGUACGCCAUGAACUUGUUCUACCAGACAAUGGGGAGACACGAGUUCGACUGCGAUUUCGAUAAGACUGGAGAGAUAACUUCAAUUGAUCCCAGCUAUGGAGAUUGUCAAUAUCAGGCUGAAUUUGUAUGAAAAUACACAAUGUAAUUUGCAGAAAUAUUCGAGUUAUGGUUCAAAUCAUAAAAAUACCAAGUACUAUUAGAAUAAUCACACUUAACAAAAUUCAGCUAUCGUUUCUAGCACCAUAUAUUUGAGUCACAUUUUCAGUUAUUAUUGUAAACAAUAAUUUAAAAAAAUUUGUCUCCCAAGUUGAUGCAGAAAGAAAUAUCAUAAUUAUUUAGUU